AAGGAGUGCACGUACUAAUACACGUGUUUUGUUUAAAUAAUAAAAACAGAGCCCGUUCGCCCUGAAUAAGAGCUUUGUCUUCUCGCUGCAGCCGAGGGCGCUCGCAGUGUGGUGUUGGAGGUUGGUUGCGAGUCCUUCACAGGAGAAACAGCAGCCUGUCUCGUACACGCGUGUUUGCUUAGUCUGGGGUUCAACAAAGUGGUUGAAAAACGAAAAGGACCCCGCCGUAUAUUUUGUCCGAACAACCGCAUGCCUGAAAAUCAGGCAUUUACCGACAGCAGUUAGAUAGAAAGGGGAAUAAAUAACAAGCCAAUCGAAUACAAGCGUGCUCGACCAGACUAAUAAUAAACAUGUAAAGAAAGGGAUUUAUACAGGCUCCGCGUCGGGCGAACGAAUGUCUUUGUGGUGUCCUGACGCACCUGUUUAAGCGCUGCGCAGGUGUGGACGGAAGGUCAGGUGAAGGCUGGAGGGACGAUGCUGGGGAAAGUGAUCGGGCCGAAAUACGUGCAGCUCGCCAAGACCUGGGUCCCCACGCUGUCUGCCUGGGCUGCGGUGGGUGGGGUCACGCUGGUCUAUGCCACUGACUGGCGGGUGAUUCUCGACUAUGUGCCCUACAUCAACAGCAAGUUCAAGAAGGACGAGUAGCCAUGGCGAUGCUGUAGGGGUCGCUGCCAGAGGGGACCUUGGCUUGGACUUCACCGACAUCCAGGACUGCAGAGCGAUUAUUAAUUUUAUUUUUUUUGGCUUUUGUUUUAAUGGGUUUUUAUUUAUGUGAUUUAAUAAAAUAAAGGUUUCA